AUGAUAGCCCUUCGGGCGUUCCGGCGCAACGACAUCGUCGAGCGAUGGACGGAGUCGCCGUUGUAUUCCAGGGUGUGUGAGGCUCCGAUAUCGUAUUUCGGCCCCUGUGCGACGCUCCUGCCCAGCCUAGAGAGCAGGGACGACAAGGAACGGAUGGAGAAAGAAUGUCGUAUUAACUGGCCUUGCUACAAUCAGUGUGAACAGGCGUACGACGCCAAGUGCCCCAAAUUCUGGCAACAUGAAAAUGGAUUAUGCAUGCCCACACCCGCCUACCAUGGCCCAUGCGCAUACCUAAUUGAUCUGUCAAAACUGCAGACGACGGAAAGGGUGCUGUGGAGUAACAGGUGCGGCGUCACCUGGCCAUGCAAGCCGGCCUCCAAUGACAAGCAAACAGAGAAAAUGCAAUGCAAACUACAACGAGCCGUGCCCCGAGGUAUGGAUGGAAGCACGUCGGUAAGAAACACCUUCCAACGGCAGUCUGCCAUCGCACACAGGCAAGGGGCAAUGCGUAGCACCGGAAUCGUACAACGGCCCGUGCUUCCCAACCGCGGAUUUGUCGUUCUUCAGCGCCGCAAUGAAGGUGGGAGUGCUUCAUAUACAAACGGCGUGACAACACCCGCAGGAACAGUUCGAGACGCUGUGCGAUGUCGCAUUCCCAUGUGCAGCCAAAUGAUGUAA